AUGGAACCCCGUCGACUAAAGUGUAGAGAUAGGGCGGCAAACUGGACAGCUCUUCGAGGUUCCUGCGACUCAUAUAUCGGCCGCUUGACAACUGGGGGGUUCCAUCUGCGAUCACGGACUUGGAAAACUUUCCUCAACUCGCAGGAGUUCGCCGCCACUCGUACUCUCGUUUCCUUAAUCAAACAGCGUUCCGGUAUUGGAUACCGUUUUGUUGCACAUUAUUUACAUGGUCUGUCAUUGCGAUUAUACCUUUUAUUAAUAUUAUUCUGUUAUAGCAUUAUUGCACACUUUUUAUUCUCUUGCCCCUCCCCCCCUUGGCUAGGAUCGCGAUUCAACACCGUCUUCGACAGAGGCUACGCAUGCUUGGAUAUAGUGUACACCUUUCCGGAGGACAGUGGCAUUUAUUCGUGCGUCGUUUCAAAUCAACUUGGCUCUGUCGCUUCCAACCCAGCCGUGGUUGAGUAA